AUGGGUGGCGCUGCUCGUCGUAGGUUGGUUCCUGCUGUCUUGGCGGCGGCGGCGCUCCUCGUGGCGGCCGCCUUCCUCAUCUCGUCUGCCGAGGCGGCGGCAGAGACGACGGCGGUAGCCGGCGACGAGCCAUCGUUCGACUCCAUCUUCGCCUUCGGCGACUCCUUCACGGACGCGGGCAACAACCCCGUGGUGUUCGGCUGGUACGACGUGUUCGACGUCGUCAUGCGGCCUCCCUACGACACGACUUUCUUCGGCGGCCACCCCACCGGCCGUAACUCCAACGGCCGCCUCAUCAUCGACUUCAUCGCUCAAGGCCUGGGUUUGCCACUGGUGCCGCCGUACCUGUCGCACAACGGGAGCUUCCGGCAGGGCGCCAACUUCGCCGUCGGCGGCGCCACCGCUAUCAACUCCAGCUUCUUCCACAUCGGGGACGGUCCGGGCGCCAGCCUGUUCCCUCUCAACACCAGCCUUGAGGUGCAGCUCGAAUGGUUCGAGGACCUCAAGCCUUCCUUGUGCGAAACAGAGCAAGAGUGCAUGGAUUUCUUCGGCAGAUCGCUGUUCUUCGUGGGAGAAUUCGGGAUCAACGACUACCAAUACUCGUUCGGGAAGAAGAGCAUGCAAGAAAUCAGAGACUUCGUGCCAGAUCUCAUCCAGACCAUCUCCAUGGGCGCUGAGAGAGUGAUCGAGCAUGGGGCGAAGACUGUGGUCAUCCCGGGGAUGAUCCCGAUGGGAUGCGCGCCGCCAGUCCUGGUCACCUUCGCCGACGCCGACGCGUCAGAGUACGACGCCACCACUGGGUGUCUCAAGGAGCCCAACGAGAUCGUGACGCUCCACAACUCGCUGCUGCUGGACGCCGUGGACAAGCUCCGGGCGGAGCACCCCGACGUGACCAUCAUCCACACCGACCUCUUCAACCACGUCAUGGAGAUGGUCAAGUCGCCUGAAAAAUUCGGGCUUAAAAGAGAUGUUCUUACGGUUUGCUGCGGAGGGAGUGGGAGGUACCACUACAACCUGUCAGUGGCCUGUGGCGACGAAGCGGCGACGGUGUGCGAGGAUCCAUCCAAAAGCCUCUUCUGGGACGGCGUCCACCUCACGGAGGCGCCGUACCACUACAUCGCUAAAGACUGGCUCAACACCAUCCUGAGCAGUGUAUCUGCAGGAGCAGCUACUACUAUGGCCUACGCCUCAAUAUAA